AAGAUACACAUUCCACUUAAGGAAUUCUCUCAUCUUAGACACCUUUUUUCAUCAUCUUCAAUACCCCAAAGUUCAUCAGUCACAAUUUGAUCGUUCCCGGACUCAGAUCGAGUCUUCUUGUCCAACCGACAAGAUCGCGCGGACUCUCAAAAACAAAAAAGAAAUCGGUUAACAAUCAUUUUGUGCAACAAUUCUGUGUACUAAAACUACCCCAUUUUCCCCACAAAACUGCCCCAACGACAAAUAAAAAGUGUUUUCUGUGCUUAAAGUUAUUGGUGCUGUAGUUUAGUUUCUCUUUGAAUUUUUUUUUCCUCAAAAUCAGUGAAAAUUCCUACGAAAAAAAGUGAUUUUCCCGCCAAAAAGAAAACCAGAAGGAACAAUUUCGCCGAAAAUGGCGCAAUUUUGGACAAUAAUAGCCCUAAUUGCUGCCUUUCUGGCCAUUGCAGAUGCCGCUGCUAUCAAAGGUGGAAAAUGUCAAUUGGAAUGCAAUCAGGCUGGAAAUCUUGUUAAAUUGCAACCUGGCCAUGUCUAUACGUACAAUGUUGAAUCAACGGCUGUGGUGCUAUUGGCUGGUGCUGAUAAUCAAGAGACACGGGUUCGUUUUGAGGCUGAUGCUAAGGUUUGGGCCCUGGAUAAAUGCAAUUUUGCCGUUAGUGUCGCACGUAUGACACUGUUUGGGGCAGAUGAUAAGAAAUUCCAACCAUCUGAUCUUCAGUCACAGCUUCAGAAACCAGCUAAAUUUGCCCUUGGUAGUGAUAAUGUGUGCAGUAGUGAGGAUGAAACAGCCUGGUCACUCAAUGUAAAACGUGCAAUUGCAUCAGCAUUUGUAAAUGGUGGCGAAGAUGGUGGUACAACGGACAUUGAUAUCUUUGGGGAAUGUCCAACAAUUGUCAGUGUUAGUCAAAAUGGUGGACAGGUCAUUGUAAAUCGGGCUAGGAACCUAAAUCAAUGCAGCAAUAGGGAGAAUCUAGGACAAACCCUUACUGGUAGUGUCUUUAAUGAUGCAUCUGGCAUUAAAUCAACACCAAGUCUCAAUGGUGACUACAGUAGUGAGGCUAGAUUGAAGAAUGGUGUUAUUGAGAGUGUUAGUGUCAAUGAGGAAUAUCGUUUUGUGGCAUUUUCAACACCAUCAGCCGGAUCAAGGGCCAAAAUAACAACAAAAUUCCACUUAAAAUCCAACACAAAAGGCAAUCCCGGGAAUAUUGAUACACUAACAUCAGUCAGAUCAAUUGUAUUUGAUGUACCACAUGAUACAAGUGCAACAACAGCCCAACGUCUACGUGAUGUUGUCCGAGAUGCAGUAGAUAAUUUCCAAGAUGGCGUCUCAGCCAAUGCAACGGCCCAAUUUGUCGAUAUUGUCCGACUACUCCGUGAUACAUCGAAGAAUGACAUUAAGACAACAUAUCAGACAAUUGUAUCAAAAUCACUGCAUGAACGUAGUGAUUUAGCACGGAAAAUCUACCUUGAUGCUCUAUUUAGGACAUCAACGGGUGAUUCAGUUGAAGCCAUUAUUGAUCUCAUUCACGGUAGAACACUAACACCAACAGAACAACGUCUAGCAUUGCUAAGUAUGAAUCUUGUUAGUGGAUUGAAUAGGGAAUCAGUACAGUCAUUUGCCAAACUAACACCAAAUGCACCAAAUGUCCUACCAGAAGCCUUCCUAGCCACUGGUACACUGAUCCGGAAGUACUGUCAGCAGUAUGAUUGCACAGAUGAUGUUCUCGAUAAGGUCAUGGAUCGAUUCACCGGACAUCUGCAUCAGUGUACACCGCGCAAGAAGAAGGAAGAAGAUACAAUUGUGGCAACGCUAAAAGGUGCCCGUAAUACAGGUGGACGUAUUGGGAAGAAAUUGCAAGAUAGUAUUUUGGCGUGUGUUAAGAAGGAUACUACAAAGUCACGUAUUCGUGUGGCAGCCAUUGAAGCUUUAGCUGGUGUUUCUUGCAACAAUCAAGUAUCAAGUGUACUCCUUGGUCUUUUGGAUGAUACAAAUCUCGAUCCUGAAUUGCGUAUUGAAGCCUAUUUGGCACACAGUCGAUGUCCUACGCCUCAGAUGGCCGAACGUGUACAGAAACUUCUCGAUGGUGAUGUUGUAUUGCAAGUUGGUGCUUUUGUUACUAGUCAUUUGGCAUCGUUGCGUGCUAGUACGGAUCCGGCUCGUCAGGCUGCUAGAAAUGUUCUUGGUAGUGUUAGGAGUACUAAGAAAUUCCCUUUUGACCUUAGACGUUUUUCGAAUUCGCGUGAAUUGAGCUAUGCUGUUGAUUCCCUUGGACUUGGUGCAUCAUUGGAUACCAGUGUUAUAUAUUCACACAGUAGUUUCCUACCGCGUUCGGUUAAAAUCAAUGCAACUGGCGAAUUAUUUGGUAAUUCAUUCAAUCUCUUCGAUAUGACACUGCGUCAAGGGAAUUUGGAUAGUGUUAUUGAGAGAUAUUUUGGUCCUAGGGGUAUUUUAACAUCAAAAUCACCACAGGAAUUGUAUGAUUAUGUCAAAUCAACUGUUGAAACGGCUCAAAAUCGAGCACAGAGUGCUCUAAGAGGUCGUCGUGAUGUCAGUCGUAGUGAUCUUGAUACAUUUGCCAAGACUGUUCAAUUGUCAAAUGAUGUAACAACAUCAGAUCUCGAUCUUGAUGUAUCUCUUAAGUUUUUGGGCAAUGAAUUGGUCUUCCUAUCACUUGGUGAUGAUCUACCAACAACACCCGAUACAAUUGCCAAACAAUUAAAUAGCCUACUCAAAGAAUUUCUCGAUGGUACAACAAAAUUCCAGAGAAAUUUCGAAGCACAUGCCCUAUUUGUUGAUGGUGAACUUGCCUAUCCAACAGCUGGUGGUCUACCACUCAAACUUCAAGCCCAUGCAACCGGUGUUGUCGGUCUCGAAGCAUCCGGAUCGAUAGAUCUCCGAAAACUCUGGAAAGAUCCCAAUCAUUCGACCAUUCAACUCAAAUUGGUACCAUCUGGAAAUGUUGAUGUUGUUGGUGCAAUGGUUAUUGAUGUCUACACUGUAACAGCUGGCCUACAAGUAUCCGGUAGUCUACACUCAUCCACAGGAGCCGAUGUCAAAGUAGCCAUACUAGAUAAACCAUCAGGAUUUGAUGUUCGUGUAUCAAUGCCAAGGAAAAAACAGGAAAUCUUCAGUGUCAACCACGAUGUAGUCUUCUACAGUCGCGAACGUGGUCAUCAGGCUGUCUCCCUACCACUCCGUUUUACAGCAAAACGUGCAGCCUUCAGUGGAUGCUUCGAUCAACUCCAUCGAUACACCGGUGUCACCUUCUGCACGGACUACAAUGUAACAAUUCCCGGAAAUACCGGUGUAGCACCAUUUCCACUAAAUGGUGCCAAUCGUAUUGGUAUCUGGCUCGAAGUAGACUCACAGUAUCACUUCCAGUUCACUCACAGUGAUCGCAAUGAUGCCCUACAAUUUAUUAGAAUGUCAUUCGAUACACCCGAUUCAACUGAUCGUCGUACAACAGUAAUUGCCCUGGAAUCAGCCACUCAACCGAAUAUCUUUGUAAGGGCCAGCCUUGAAUCACCGUACAGACGUGUCCUCGGUGAAGCUGGUCUUGUCAAUGAUGCCAAAGAAGUUGCCCUGUACGCCAAGGCGAACGAUCAGAACAAUGAAUAUAUCGCUAAGUUUGGCUUCAGCAAAGACGAAGCUAAGAGAGAAUAUACACCAAUUCUCCAAUUAAAUACCCCAACAUCACGUGAUAAUUCUGCCCUUGGAUACAGUAUUGAGGGUAAAAUACGUGUACAGGAUGCUCCUGGUGGUGGUACUAAGUACAAUUUACAUGAUAUUCGAUUAAAAGGUGGCUAUUUUACAACAAGACCCCUUGCUAUAUCUGGAUCUGUUGUCCAAAAAGGUAGUCUCUUUGAUACGGACCUCAAUGUACAACAUGCUAAUGAUCGUGCAAGUGUCAAAGGUACAUUGCAAUUUGAGGGUAAUCGUGUGAAUUUAGAUAUGAAAAUUAAGGGUGCAUUUUAUGCUAAUGUUGUGUACAAAAUGUCAUAUCAGACAAAUGAAAUACUUAAUCAUUUGGAAUUUGAUUAUGGUAGUACAACAAAAUCAAGUCAACAUGUUAAAAUUCAUCAACACUGGCGUCAUAAAUAUAGUAAAUAUAAACUUGAGGAAUUACUGGUGGCAAAUGAAGUGCAUUUGAGUCAGGUGCCAGUUGAUGUAAGGGUAUCUGGUGAAUUUAUUGAUGAUUCUGUUAUUAAAUAUGAUAUUGGAAUGGAAUAUGGACAACAUGAGGCAUCAUCGAAGCUCGAUGUUAAGUUAAAUGAGAAAAAUCGUGGUGAUUAUGCUGUCGAUGCUAGUGGAUCAAUUAAUAGGAAAUCAUUUAAAUUGAUUGCUAAACGUAUUGUUAUGGAGAAUACAUCGAAGUAUAGCAAUAGAUUAACAACAAGUUCUGGUGUUAAUAUUGAGGCAAAUGGGGUUAUUGGACAUAAAAUUAGUGCACAGGAAGCUGAUAUUGUUGCUGAUGCUCGUGUACAGUUUGUUGAUAAACAAACACCGUAUUUGGCUAAAUUUGAACUGAAACUCAAGCCUCAAGGUGGUACAACUGAGGGAAAUUUGGCAAUUGGGAAGCAGGAUGUAUUGGGAUUUAAGGGAAAACUCCAGAGGAAGGGUAAUGGUCAAACGGGAGAGAUACAGGUGACUGUGAAGGAUAUCGUUGAGGGUAAUGGUGAUUUUAGUGCAACUGGUGGCAAUGGUACAUCAACAUUAACCCUGAAUAUCUUGAAAUUGAAUAAAAUUGUCAAGAUAGCAUCGGUAUUUGCCAUUGAAGCACCAACGUACAAUGUUGCAACGGAAGUAUUCUACGAUGUUGCCAAUUCAGGUGGUCGAAGGACCCUCAAAGUUGAUACAAAGAAUCAUAUUGACACCACAACAUUCCGUAGUCACAAUGAUAUUGAACUUUUUACCGAAAACUACGUCGCCAAUGUCGAAGGUACGGUCAAUGGUAAGGCUACUGAUGGCGUUAUAACGGCCAAUUUUGAUGUUAUCCUUCCAACGUCACGUAAACUCUCCGGAUCUCUUCGCCGAGAACUCCGUCCACAUGGUGAUGGUGUCCGGGGUAAAAGUGACAUCGCCCUAAGUGAUCGGCUACCAAAUGACCAAAUUCGUUCACUAACAAUCACCUCAGAACUCCUAAAUGGUAAAUGGAAUCAAAAAGUCUUCCAUGCCAAACACAAUGUUGUCUACAGAAAUCUCGAUGGUAGAGAUGUCAAUGUCAAACUCGAUAUCAAUCACAAAGCUGUCAAAGAUAAUGUACGAUCUGUCGAUGGUGAUCUAACCGUCAGUGGUAGUCUCUUUGAACGAUCCCUAGGUGUCUCCGUUAAAAUCCCUCAAUACACUCCCGAAACAGCCGACUUUACAGUAUCUGUCAAAUCCGACAAAGAUGGUGAUAUCCAACUAACAGGUCGCUACGUCAUUGGUGGACGUGCUAAGGCAAAUGAAUAUGAUAUAACUUUCACAGGUGUAUCAAAACUCCCCCAGAACAAUCGUCAAAUCCAAAUAAAAUCAUCCGGAACCUUCCUCUCGCCCCAAAUAGACAAUGGUGUCUAUGAUGCCAAAUGGCAUUUGACAGUAUCACCAAAUGGCAGAGAAUCAUCAAUAAAUCUAGCUGGUGUUGCCAAUGAAGAUCAUGCAAAUGUCAAAAUUGACCUGAAAUUGCACGAACGUGAUCCAGUUGCCGUUACCCUAACCUACAACAAUGAACAAUCAUCCGAUGAACAAUCAGGCAAAUGUCACAUUGAUGCAUCAGUCACCUAUGCCAAGGAUAAACAGAUUCAUGCCCAAGGUACACUAAAACGCACCCAAGGACGAGAAAUUGAUCUUCAUGCCGUCCUAGAAACACCCUACGAAAAGGCCAAACGCAUAGAGACCAAUGUACGUGCAGCAAAAACCAAUGAAGGCACCAUCAAGAGUGCCGUAGAUUUAACAGUAAAUCAAGAUAAAUAUGGACUAAAUAGUGCCCUAGUACUAUCAGAUGCAAAUCCAUCAAUUGACCUUGUUGCAGUGUAUCCAAAGCAACAAGUUAAAUUUUUCGCAGGAUUUGCCAGGGUCGGAGAUAAAAAGUACAAUGGCAAAGUGACAGUUGUCAAUUUAAUGGACUACAAUGUUGAGGCAACAGGUGAAGUAUCUGCUGCAUCAAUUGACAAUUUCUCCGCUAAACUUGAUAUUGAUGCACCAAAAUUGAAAUUAAUGAAAUUCCAUGGUGAAUUGAAGAGUAAGCAUCAGGGAUCAUCAAAAGGUGUUGAAGUUACAGCAUCAAAUGGUGGUAAAACAAUUUUAACUGGUUUUGCUGACUAUACCGUUGAACAGAAUAAAACAUUGACUGUCUUUGAGGCUAAAGGCAAUGUUAAGUACAAUGAUAGAGAGAGUGAAGCACAUUUGAAAUUUAUCCAUCAUACAUUAACUGAGGCAGUUGAUCAGGAAACUGGUGUAUCAUUCCUUGUUAAUGCUAAAUUGGGUACUAAAAGUAUUGUUGGUGAAUUAAAAUUGACAGAUAAGAAUGUUCAAUUGAAGCAUACGGCAUGUGAAGAACAGAAAGAAUGUAUCAAUUUGGAUGUACAAUCGACAAUAGCUCAGGCUGAUUUGGAUGGUUUUCGUCAUCAGGUUAUUGUAUCUAUUGAUUUGCGUAAACUUGGGUAUUCACAUGAAUUUGGCUUGAAGGCUGAGACUACGAGGCAUGGUGUUCAAUUGGAUCAUACCAUUGAGAUGCAUCUUCAGGCUCAGGAUAGACCACAGUAUCAGUACUCAAUGUAUUUCCAUGCAAAACGUGCUGGUGUUGUUGUAACAUUGCCAGAAAGGACAAUAGCCCUUGAGGGUGUCUUUGAACGGCCAGAUAGUUUCUUCGGUGUCUGGGAUAUCUCGGGACAAUUGUACCUUGAUAAGAAGAAUAAACCCCAUGAUAGUGUUAAAAUUGGAUUGCAAGCAACAACAACUGAACCAAAUAAAGGUGCUGCAACAUUUAAAUCAGCCCUUACAUUCAAUCAUCCAGCCAUACGACCAAUAUCAGCUAAAGCCGAAGGUAAUCUCGAUACGAAAAAGCAUACAGCUAAUGUUAAAUUGCAUUUGGAUAUCUUUAAAACGGCAUCAAAGGAAAUAUUGGUGGUGGCAAAGGUAUCAAAUAGCGAAAGUGGACGUGCUUUCAAUAUUUCAAGUGAUAUUUCUGUAACAUCAAAACACGGUUUGGACUACAAAAUGGCCGGACAUGUUGCUCUUGUACCGGAAAAACGUUCAGCCAGCUUCCAAGGUACCAUUAAUUUUGUCAAUAUUGACGGAUCAGCCCUAUUCUACAUAACCCCAACGAAUCUCCAAUCAAAUCUCCGUGUACUCAAUGAAGAUAUCUUCACUGCCACUGGUAAUGUCGAUGGUAAUCGUCUAACAGCCCAAUCAACCCUUCAACCACUCAAAUCAACACCAAUCCACCUAACAAUCACAGCAAAUGGCUUUACUGAUGCCCAAUUUACAGUCAAACGGGAUAAUCUUCUCUCCGUUGACGGACAAUUUGCCAUUAAUCGUGCAGCAAGUGUCAAAAUAAAUGGUGCUAGUGGUGAUAUCUUUACAGCUCAAUUGACACUCGAUCAGCAACAUUUCCUAUCAUCAAACUAUCAAAUGAACAAUGAUAAAAUGCGACAAUUCCUCAAAGAUGUCCAAAAAACUGUUCAAGAUGACAUACAAAAAGCCAAACAGUAUAUUGAAACCAAAUUUCAGGAUACAAAAAAACGUAUUGGACAGCAAAUUGGCAAUAUACAGAAGGAUAUACCUGAUUUUGUAGUGGUAGGUGAAAAAAUCCGGGCUGAAUUGAUGAAUAUUAUGAAGGAACUCGAGAAGGAUCCAUCAAUAAAACCUGUUAUUGAUGCUGUGGUUCGCUUUGUUGGUGUUGUUAGUAAGGCUUUUGAGGACAUUAGUCAGGUUGCUGUGCAGAAUUUGCAGAAAAUUAGUGAAAUUGUUAUGCAAUUCUACCACAGUAUGAUGGAUAUUUUCAAUGCACGCAUUCUACCAAGUCUGACAGAUUGGUAUGGUGCUGUUGAAGGUAUUCUCCAGACAGUCUAUGUCGAUACAUUGAAUUUGAUCUCAGGAACAAUGGAGAGAGUAUCGAAGGCUCUCAAGGACUAUGAAGAAGAUUUCAAUAAACUCGCUAAGGUAUCAUCGGAGACUGUUGGAAAAUUUGCCAGAGGUCUUACGGAAUUUUUGGGAAGUGUCCGGAAGGAAUUGCAUGAUAUUCAAAAGUUAGUGUUGGAUUAUUUGACAUCAAUGCCGGGAAUUGAUGUUUUGAGAGAUAAAUACAAUGAAUUAUUUGCACAAUACAAUAUACCAGAACAUGCUAUAAGUCUCCUAAGAGAAUUCAAUACAGUUAUAAAGGAUACUGUACCAUCGCAGGAGAUAAGGGACUUUGUUGAGAGUAUUGUUGUGUAUAUUGAGGCUAAAUUGGAGAAGAAGGAUAUCAAUGAUUUGGACUAUCUCAAACAGAUCUAUGUUAAAGGUAUGGCAGCUGUUAAGGCUGUUAUACAGAUUGUUAGGAGUCAACCGAGUGAUGUUACAAGUAGCCUCAAUGUAGCACCAGGUGGUGUACCAUUGCCAUUUUCCCUAGAUAUCCUACGUCGUAUACCGUAUAUCUCAUCUGUACGACUAUCACCGCUAAAUUAUCUCAGAAAUGAACGUUUCUGGACCGUUAGAGAUCUCCUGACAUCCCUCACGCCAAAUGGUCGUCUCAAUCUCAAUAUCUUCCCACCAUUCCCAUUGGUCAGCCAUAUUGUCGAUGGAGAGCACGUAUUCACAUUCGAUGGACGUCAUUUCACCUUCCCCGGAGACUGUAGCUAUGUCCUAACCAGGGAUUUCCUCCAUGGUAACUUCAGUGUUGUAGCUCAUCUCACGAAAGGUCGUAUGACAUCACUAAGUCUCUUCGAAGGAUCAAAUGUAGCACAAAUUGAUAUCGGUGGCAGUGUCAAGGUCAAUGACAAAGUCAUCGAUCUACCAGUUCAUCAGGAAAAUCUCCAUAUCUGGCGUCGCUACUACACCGUAACACUCCUCAGUCGAUCAGGUAUUGAGGUUAUGUGUACAACAGAUCUUGUUAUCUGUCAUGUAACAGUUAGUGGAUUCUAUCGUGGACGACUUCGUGGUAUCCUUGGCAAUGGCAAUGGUGAACCACAGGAUGACUUCCAGCUGCCAUCUGGUGGAUCAACAGCAAAUUAUGCAGAAUUUGGUAUGGCCUAUGGUCUAGGUACAUGUCCAACUGUACCACAAACACACACCCAUCAUGGACACGAUGCUCAACUAGCUGAACCAUGUGCCAGUCUCUUUGCCAGUGAUCCAACACUUAGACUAGCCUUCCUGGUCAAUGAUCCACACAAUUAUCGGGAAGCAUGUCAGCAUGCUGUUACAACGCCCGGUGCCAAUAAACUCAAAGUAGCCUGCAAUAUUGUAAGGGCAUACGUUAGUGCUGCCCGAAUGGAUGGUAUUCCAGUUAGUGUACCGGAUAGGUGUCUCACAUGCACGGAGAAUCGAAAGGUUGGUCAGCAGUUCACCACGAAGGCACCUACGAAACAGGCUGAUGUUGUAUUUGUUGUUGAUACGAGUGUUCCUCAACUCUUGACCGAUUUCACGCAUCAAUUGACCCAAGAACUGAGACGUGAACUCAAGGCAUUCGAUAUGGCUGAUGUCAAUGUUGCUGUUAUUGGUUUUGAACGACACCAACGAUAUCCCAGUCACUUUACACAUGGCGGAAAACUGGAUAUUCAUGGAAAAAUUGGAGCAAGAGAUGAUUCAGCUGCACCUAAAUGUGAUUUACAUUUGAAAACUGGAUUUGAACGGAUUGAUGAUGUUAUUGAACAAUGGGUUAAUACAACGGAAAAUCUAAUGGAUGAUCUUGGAUUGUCAGCUGAUGCACGUGCCUUCCAGGAAGCCAUGGCCUAUCCAUUCCGUGCUAAAGCCACCAAAAUCAUCUUUGCCGUUCGUUCUGAUCCAUUGACACAUUCGAAAAAUCCUAGCAAAACCCUAACGGCGACCUAUGCAAAUUCUCAGGUGAAAAAACGCGGAAUACAACUACAUCUUCUAUCACCUGUGGCUGAUUUUGCAAUUUCCGGAAAGGAUGUACGUGGUGCUGUUGCCAAGGAUAUCGUUGGUUUUAGCAGUCGAACCGUUAUCCAAGUGUCAGAUGCGAAAAAACGGGCAAAUCCAGGUCAAACAUCAUGGCGAAAAUCGGUUAAAUAUACCGAUGAUCUUGGUAUUGAACUGGUACAGGAUGCCGAUGGUUUUGUCUUUAUCCUUCAAAACUAUCAAGGUGCCCCGGUAAAGGCACGUAAACAAUUUGUCGGAGCCGUUGCUACGGCCGUUGCUGAUCAUGCUGCCAGGCUGGAGACACACCUUGAGUGCGAAUGUGAGGUUAUGUAUGGUCUACAUCCAGAAGAGAAGUGUACUGUGAGCGAAGUGAAGAUGCUCAAGCAGGUUCAGAGGCUACACAAGGGCUAGAAAGUCUCCCAAAAUCCCCAUUUACCUCCUAAUUUACCCUACUCUACCGUACGCUUACUGUACCCUACCGUACCCUUACCCUACUCCAAACCUAAAUGUCUUCAAACUUCAGUCUCUCUCUCUCUCUGUAUUUAAUCUCUCUAUUUUCUCUAAUAAUUUUUUCUUUCUUUGCAAAUAAAGACAAAAAAAAACAACAAAAACCAAUUGUACAAUAAACAAUAAACACAAAAAUUAAAAAAAAAAACAAAAAUAAAUAAAAAAAAGGAAUGAGAAAUUAGAAAAAAAUAUCGAAAA